AUCCACAGGCGGAAGAGUUCAAGUCAAUGGUGGUGGAAGCAAUGGUGCUCGCCGGCAAUUUCAAUAUUGGCGAUUUUAUUCCGGCACUUGAUUGGUUGGACAUACAAGGUGUAGCUGCAAAGAUGAAAAAGCUCCACGCGCGUUUCGACGCGUUCUUGACCUCAAUUCUAGAGGAACACAAAAGCAAGCAAUUUGAAGAAACGAAAGAACAUGAAGACUUGUUGAGUACGUUAAUCUCUUUGAAAAAAGAAGAAGGCGAUAAUGAAGGAGGAAAGCUCACAGAUUCAGAAAUUAAAGCUUUACUUUUGAACUUGUUUAUAGCUGGAACAGACACGUCCUCAAGCACAGUAGAAUGGGCCAUUGCGGAGCUUAUUCGUAAUCCAAGAAUACUGGCCCAAGCCCAACAUGAGAUUGACAAAGUGGUUGGAAAGAACCGGCUCGUGAUGGAAUCCGACCUAGCCCAAUUAACUUAUUUGGAAGCCAUAGUCAAGGAAACCUUAAGGCUUCAUCCAUCCACCCCUCUCUCCCUCCCUAGAAUUGCAUCCGAGAGUUGUGAGAUUAAUGGCUAUUUCAUUCCAAAAGGCUCAACACUUCUCGUGAACGUUUGGGCCAUCGCUCGUGAUCCAAAU